GAUUUCUUCUUUCUCCAGGAAGAAAAAUGGCAUCUGUUGCAGUUGACCCACAACCGAGUGUGGUGACUCGGGUGGCCAACCUACCCUUGGUGAGCUCCACGUAUGACCUCGUGUCCUCGGCCUAUGUCAGUACAAAGGACCAGUAUCCCUACUUGAAGUCUAUGUGUGAGAUGGCAGAGAAGGGCAUGAAGACCAUCACCUUGGUGGCCAUGACGAGUGCUCUGCCCAUCAUCCAGAAGCUAGAGCCACAAAUUGCGAUUGCCAAUACCUUUGCCUGUAAGGGGCUAGACAGGAUUGAAGAGAGACUGCCUAUUCUGAAUCAGCCAACAACCCAGGUUGUUGCAAGUGCCAAAGGUGCUGUGACUGGUGCCAAAGAUGCUGUGGCAACUACUGUGACCGGGGCCAAAGAUUCUGUUGCCAGCACGAUCACAGGGGUGAUGGAUAAGACCAAAGGAGCAGUGACUGGCAGUAUGGAGAAGACCAAGUCUGUGGUCAGUGGCAGUAUUAACACAGUCUUGGGGAGUCGGAUGAUGCAGCUUGUGAGCAGUGGAGUGGAAAAUGCACUCACCAGAUCAGAGCUGCUGGUCGACCAGUACCUCCCUUUCACUGAGGAAGAACUAGAAAAAGAAGCAAAAAAAGUCGAAGGAUUUGAUAUGGUUCAGAAGCCAAGUUACUAUGUUAGACUGGGAUCCCUGUCUACCAAGCUCCGCUCACGUGCCUACCAGCAGGCUCUCAGCAGGGUUAAAGAAGCUAAGCAAAAAAGCCAAGAGACCAUUUCUCAGCUUCACUCUACUGUUCACCUGAUUGAAUUUGCCAGAAAGAAUGUGCAUAGUGCCAACCAGAAAAUUCAGGAUGCUCAGGAAAAGCUCUAUCUCUCGUGGGUGGAGUGGAAGAGAAGCAUUGGCCAUGAUGAUACUGACGAAUCCCAUUGUGCUGAGCACAUCGAGUCACGUACUCUUGCUAUUGCCCGCAGCCUGACUCAGCAGCUCCAGACCACGUGCCACACUCUUCUGUCCAGCAUCCAAGGGUUACCACAGAACAUCCAAGAUCAGGUCAACCACUUGGGGGUGAUGGCAGGUGACAUCUACUCAGUGUUCAACAAUGCUGCCUCUUUUAAGGAAGUGUCUGAUGGCCUCCUCACUUCUAGCACGGGGAAGCUGCAGAAAAUGAAGGAAUCUUUAGAUGAUGUGAUGGAUUAUCUUGUUAACAACACACCCCUCAACUGGCUGGUAGGUCCCUUUUAUCCUCAGCUGACUGAGUCUCAGAAUGCUCAGGACCAAGGUGCAGAGAUAGGCAAGACCAGCCAGGAGGCCCAGCAAUCUGAGCAUAAAACUCGCUAAACCUGUGCCUAUAAACAGUACAUGAUGCAGCCAGCCCGAUGAUGUCUUUUGUUAUGUUGAAGUUAACCUGCUAGACCACUCUAAAUUGGGGGAGCAGCUAGCAAGGAAAAAGGUCCUCAAUUGUAGUCAUUUUCAGCUGGAUUAAGAGUUUUAAAGUUUCUGGCAUUAGCAGAUGAGUUCUGUUGCCCCGACUGUGAGAAAAGCAUGAUAGGCUUGGCUUGUCCAGAUCCUAGUCAGAACUCACAAAAAGUUCACGUGCACUUAUGGUCUCAUUCUGGGACCUUGUGUUGCCACUGUUACUGUCUAUUUGUAAUGAAUAAAAAUACUUUCAUGUGGGCUGUGGUAUAAACUGGUGUCUGCUUUAGUAUGGGCUGAACAGGCCUCAUCCUUGGUUUGUCUCACGAUGCAUGCUUGUACAACUUGAGUUUAGUUUUUUAUGUCUUAUGAAGGAAUGCUACCUUUGAAUUCAAUAAAAUUCACUGCAGAAUAGAUUAGUUUUA